CUGCCUUAACCUAAAAAUGUGAAGUUGCAUGAGAUAGCUCGAUUUGGGUAGUGCGUCUUUUGCAUUAAAUUAUUUUUACUUGUGAUACAAUUAUUCAGAUUCUGAUCGAUCCAUCAGAGUAUUUAUUGCACGUGCUUGGUCAUUGAAGAUACUCCAUUUGGAAUGGGAAGAAGACUGAGAAGAUUUGGUCAUGUGCAAAAAUAGCAGGCCUUCGUUCAUUCAAUUCGACUAUUUUUUUAUCUAACUUGAGAGACGAUAUGUAGGUGGUGUCCGUGAGAUUUUACCGGAUUGACUUCACAAGUGUCAAGACAAAAUUAACAAAAGAGAAAUGGUGGAGACCAGUGUCGGUGACAAUUCGCCACUGCCAGCAGAAAAACUACCGGAAUGUUGGAACCAGGAGGAGAGGAUGAGCGCAUUGUUCUCACCCUUCCGUAGUAAAUCCGCAAAUCCACAGGACUGGAUCUCCAAGUACAAGUUCUGGAAUGACUUGAUAUACGAAUGGCUGAAGCACACCAUGCAAUGUAGUUUCUCCGUCGUCGAUUUAAGCGAAGCUUUCAGGAGAAAAGGCUGUCGACCUCUCUGUCUGGUUACCGUGAUCGAAGAGCUCCUCAGGAACAAUGAGAUAAUUCAGGAGACUGAUUUUUUCAAAGAGCCAUGCGAAACGUGGACAGCAUGGUCGAUUGAUGUGUUCGUGAAGAAACCAAUUAGUUGGUCCUUCUCCAAAGUAAAGAGCUACGUAGUGGGCCCGAACACAAGUAACACGGAGAUACGAUACAUAUACCUGAGAAUCGUGCAGGAAUUGGGUGACGUUAUUCUCUCCAUCGCCGAGACCAAGAAGGACACUGCGUUAUACUCCCUCCCCGAGAUAACGGAAUACUGCAACGGCAAAACGAAGAAGCAGAUUUCGGAGAAUACAGUGCGAUUGGUGUUGCAGUGGUUGCGACGUAGGAGGAGGGUGACCUUCAAGAAGAGCUCCAACCCGAACAGCGAACUGCUCGUGAAAAUUUCUACGCAGGCAGCGAGCGAGGUCACGCUAGUGGAGGAAGGGAUGUACAAGCUGCUGCAGCAGGAGAGCAGGCUGAGCAAGGAGAUCGAGCUUAUGGAGCAGGAGAAGCUCAAUAUCGUGAACGAGGCGAAGUCGUACCUGGCGAAGGAGCUGCGCCAGAUGGCGAAGACGCGCCUAAGGCGGAAAAUGGAGCUGGAGAGGACCAUAGAGAAGCGCGCGCAGGCGCUUGCCAAUCUGCGCACCCUCAUCACCAACAUCGAGGACGCGCACUCGAAUUCCGCCGUGCUCUCCGCUUAUAAGACCGGCUCCGACGUGUUGAAGAAAAUGGGCCAGGAUGGCUUGACCGAGUACGACGUGAAGGACGUCAUGGAUGAUAUUAAUGAGGCUUUGGAGGAGAACAAGGAAAUCGAUUCGAUCUUAUCCGAGACGUUGACCAACGCGGACUCCGAAACCGAACUGGAGAACGAGUUGGCGGAACUGCUGAAGGACGAGGACGAGGACGCGGCGAGUCUACCUGCGGUUCCUCCAGUUCUUGAAACAAACAAGCUGGAAGUUGAGGAAUUGGAACGACGCUUGAAGGACUUGUGCGUGGAAGGUCUAGUGUCACCUGGCAGAAACGUAGCUGCGGUGUCACCUCGUAAGAAAAAGGUAUUGGAGGGCUCCGAGGGCUCGUAAGUUGCAGCGAUCAAUUAUAUCCGCAAUUAAACAAAUUGACUGAAAUUAUAGUCACCUCUCCGUUGUUUCUUGAAAGGAUUUUACUGCGGCUAUUAAUUAUUUAAUGAAAGAUAUAUAAGAUAUAGAUGUAUAUUGUAUGUAUAUAUAUAAAUAGAGUCUCACGAUUUUUAAAUAAGCAUUUUGUAAUCUAAUAUAGUUGAAAAAUUUUAAGUAUGACAAGUAGAUUUAUUUUUGUUUAAUUUUUUGCGUUGUCCUGCUGUGUCGAUACUCACUAAAGCGAUAAGAAUCUCUGAAGUUAAUAGUCUAAUGGCAAUAUUAUUAAGAACUAUUCAGAAACAGUAAAAUUAAUCUCAAUAUUUAUCACAU